GUAAAGACAAUGGUUCUAUAUAGCACCAAAAGGGUUCUGUUAUUGCCAAGCUUGUAGCAGUAGAAUGACUCUUUUUGGUGCUACAUAAAAAGGUUCUAUAUGAAACCAUAUACAACACAUUCUCCCUCAAUCUGAAGAACAGCUGCACCAUGUAAAGAACCGUUUAAGCAUGCACAUGGUUCCUCAAGUAUUCAUGGUUCCAUAUAGAACCACUGUCUUUAUUAAAGAACCCUUGAAGAACCAUCUUUUUUGUCAGCGUGCUAUUGGCUAGUGGCUCACUCUCCCAAGCCAACCACCGCUCUGGAAACCGAACCUAGAAGCCAAUCGUAGCGCUGGUAGGCGCGGGUUUGUCGGAAUACGGGCGGAGCUUUCCGAAAUACGGGUGGGAAAAAUAAUAGCCGGUCUCAGCUCCGGAUUUUACCGCAAUGCAUCAGACGUAGCCUCUCUCUCUCUCUCUCUCUCUCUCUCUCUCUCUCUCUCCUCUCUCUCUAUAUCUGGACUCAUUCUGCUGGACUUUAUUCGGCUCAGGAUGGCUUUGCAGCUCGUGAACAGAUAACCUGCUUUCUUUCUUUCUUCCUUUCUUCUCGUAGCAAUACCUGCGUGACUGAGACUGACUGUACUGACCCUACCAACACGCAGUGGACUUUACUCGCUUCUCCUAUUUUAUUUUUCCUUUCAGAGGGCAAAAAGACGAGAGGAAAGGGCAGAGAGGACAGGAGCGCGUGAGCUUACUGCCCCCAAAACCAUACAGCCUCGUGCGAUGCGCUAAACGCGGAGCAGAGGAAUCAUUUGCAUGUAAAUAGAGUUAUGCUGAUUGACCGCCGGUCGACUUUACGCACAUUUGUCGAGUUUAUCCUGCAAAGCUGCAUGCAGGCCUUGCAGGGGUACCGAACGCAUGUGACGCCACGUUAACGCGCUUCUCAUCUGUUUUUGUUUUUGUUUUCUUUUUCUUUUUGCAUAGAAAUUGAACUAUUUUAAGGAGCCUCUUUCACGUAUAACAAGGUGUGGAGCAUCAUUUUAAAGAAUAUGCGUGUAGAAUGACGUCUACAGAUCUCAGGACUAUCAGUCUCAGGUUAAAGUAGUUCAUUGAUUGCCUGCUUGCAGUCCAGCUGUCAGAGGCUUCCUCUGCAGUGCUCAUGGGGGUUUGUUUCUGAGGCGAGGGUUCUUCAAAAAAAGGAGCAAUAAAGAGUUGAGAAGAGUGCACUUGUGCACUUUUGCUAUGCACGUAGAGCCAAAGACUCGAGCAUGUGUGCUUGAAAGGAGCUGCAGUGCAGCUCAGCUGCUGUGUGUUUGGCACGUUUUAGUCUUCCGCUAAGCUCCUCGGGGCCUUGAAGCACUACUUCAGAUGACGUACUGUAACCUAAAGCCGCACAGUCACUGACUCAGAGGCCUAGAGCCUGAAAAAAGUCUUCCACAGAUCCUUACGUAGCUGAGUGAGUGGUGAAACUCUUACUAGAUUAACAGACUGAGGGCUCAGGAGGCCUCAGGUGGUCAGAAAGCCUCCAGAGAUAGACUAGACUGGAGGUCGGGACUGAGAAGACAGAUCUUCUGUCUACUUGCUGCUAAAGCCACAGUGCUGCUGACCCUGUGAAGACUCAGAGGUGGUCUUACUCACAAGAGAAACAAGUGAGGUCAUCAGCAACCAGAGGCCAAUCCCUUCUUCCCGCAGCCAGGAUGGAACGCACAGCGCAUCACUUCCUGUCCGGCAUGUCUGCCAGGUGCUUCUUGUUCCUGUGUGUGCUCUGUGCUCUGUGUGUGUCCCUGAGUGACGGAGCGUGUGCUGAGGUGGACUCGGACACAGAGGCUGUGGUGGGUCAGGACUUUAAGCUGGGCUGCAUCUCCUGUAAGAUGAGACAAGAGGUGGUUGCUUCAGCUACGGUCGACUGGUACUUCAAAGCCAGAGGAGAGACCGAAUUCGCACAUAUCUACUCCUAUGACGGUGAGAUGGCUACCAUAAUAGACGAGCGUUUUGAGGGUCGUGUGAACUGGACUGGCAGCAGUAAGACCACUGACCUGCAGGACGCUUCCAUCUACCUCUUAAAUGUUAACUUCAAUGAUUCGGGGGUUUACCGUUGUUUCUUCAGCCGGACACUGAGCUACAUGUACAAUGAGCACAAGGCCACAGCCUCCAAGUUGAUUCACCUUAACGUGAUGGCCAAAGCGACACGUGGCACGGCCUCCAUUGUUUCAGAGGUAAUGAUGUACGUGUCGAUCAUCGGGCUGCAGCUGUGGCUGCUGGUGGAAAUGAUUUACUGCUACAGAAAGAUCGCCGCGGCCGGUGACGAGGCGCUCAGAGCCAGCGCUGCGGAGUAUUUAGCAAUAGCGUCAGAGAGUAAAGAAAACUGCGCAGGAGUGCAGGUGGCAGGAUAACAGAGGUUCUUCCUGCGCUGCCCAUGUCUGUCGCCACACUCUGGUCUUCCACUUCCUCUCCACUCCACUCACAAACGUCCAGGAUGCCCCCAUUUUUUAUACAGCCUACUUCUUACCUGGUCCAGGACUGUCACAGAGAAACGUCUCCCAGCUUUCUGUCCUGUAGCGUGUCUGCACCACUUAGAGCUGCCUCUGCUCCAACACUCGAGUCGAAUAGUGUUUUAGAGCACGGAAACAGCUCAGGCCUGUGCUGUGUAGCAGUUUCGCAGGAUGGAUGAUUGGAAAAUAUGGACUUAUAGGACUAAAACCUCCAGUUUGCAUGAGUUUAAUAAUAAUCACAGCAUGACUCCAGCAUCCCUCCUAACCAAGUAUAUGCUAUACCUCAUAUAUAUGUAUAUAGAUAUAUAUAGAUAUAUAUAUAGGCUUUGUUAUGGAAACAUGCUUCUCCUACCUACUGUGUGUAUCCCAGCAUUGAAAUAGAAAAAUAAUGCAAAUAUUGCAAUACUUUCACAAUGCACUAGAGGUCAGUAAGGAGCAGUGAUUUCUGCAUAGUCUUGCUCACUUUUCAGGGCCAUAUUUACCAUGGUGAUGUAUGCCAAACACCAUGCGAUGCUAUGGGCGCAUGUGCAAGCAGCCAGUGCUACAUUGAUAUGCUGGGAGAACAGUUGGCUACAAUGCUAGUUUGAGCCAAUCUGUUCCUGUCUUUCAAGGAUGGAGCUUUGUAAACCACGGCCUCAGAUUACGAGGCUCAAUGCUUGAAUGGGCUUGUCCCAUUUAUACCUACACACCUUUUUUUUUCAAGCUUUAGUUCAACUUGCGGCUGUUGUCGGCCUGCGCACAAGAUAUCUCCAAGGGGCUUUAUGAGCUUACUUGUUCAAUCAAGUGAGUCUGUGGGCCACUUUUCCCAGACUAAGUCCGAGUCUAGACUCAAAAGAAUUUCCAUUGGUAAUUGAGUGCCAUUAAGUCCAAGGCUAGGCUUAACCCACGUCUGGGAAAUCGGCCCUGUAAGUUUAGGCAUAAGUGGAUAGUUCAUAUUAUCAACGACUACUAAAUGUUUAUUAGUGAAUGUAAUGACUCUAUAAGAAUGUCACUAGGGAACCAGCACUGAACGGCUCCACUCAGCGGUAGAUUACCUCCUGCUAAAAAUCCAAUAUGAGUAAAAUAGUCCUAGGACUGUCUUAGAGCCCAAGUUUCUGCACUUUAGUCUUUUCAGUGAAUGCAUGAUCAAUCAGCAACUAAGCAAUGCAAAUAUAUUAGAAACCUAAAGCCUACUACUGCUACUUCAUCACAAUACUCGCUGCUUGACAUUUUUAGGGCAAAAUAAGAUAAUGCAUCAAAGUGAACGGCAAAAUAUAAGCUGUGAAGGAAAAUAAUCUGUCGGGACAGAAUUUAUGUCAAUUAAAUAAGUGAAACAACGUCA